UAAAAUAUCUUUUCUAUGAUUCGAAAAAUAUUUAUAGGUAUAAUCUUGAGGAUAAGAAAAACUUGGAACUUUAUUGUCUCCUUUCUUCUUUUUGUAUCUUCUUGGGGCUUUUUCUUAUCUUAAAUUCCAUAAACAUUUAAGUUGGUUAAAAGCUCAUAUCCAAAUUUCAAUAUCAUGCACACAUUAGCUAGGCCGGUGGUCAUUUGACAAUAUAUACUGAAAAAGACGUAUUACUAUGCUUAAUUGAAUGUAUUUAAUUUGUCUUCAAUAAAACAUGAAUAAUAAGGGUUUUAGUCUUGCUUGUCAUUAUCAUGUCAUAAAAAGGAAGUCAAAACAAGUGUACUCUAAAACUUUUGUUUAAUAUGUGGUAAGGUUUUAAUUGAUAGUUGGUUAGGUUGUACAUAUUGUUCUCCACUUCAUAAGAAAAUAAAAUGAAAAAAAAAAAAAUAUUCUUGAAAGCAAGAGCUCAUCCUCCAUCCCCCAACCCCUCCAUCCAGAUACCCAUGACUUCAUGUUUUCUCAAAAAAAAAAAAAAAAAGAGUUAAUUUUUGAGUUCAAAUUAUAUACAUGCAGUUUAACGUAUUAUAACGUAUGAUUAUUAUUCUAUUUUUCUACAUUACCAUAUAACACUUGAUAUGAAAAAUCAUUUGGUGUUGUUGUAAGUUAACCUGUAACCAGUGAUGGAUGUAGCAUGCAGACAUCGGGGUUUCAUAUUACUAUCAGUACAAGCUCAUCUACCACAGCUAAAACCACCAAAAUGCAACAUGCUAACAGAUGGAGACGCAUGUGUGGAAGCAAAGGGUUUGAAAGCCUUAAUAUUCUUUGUGGCAUUGUAUUUGGUGGCAUUGGGGAGUGGAUGUGUUAAACCAAAUAUGAUAUCUCAUGGUGCUGACCAAUUUAAUCAAGAAGAUACAAAGCAGUCAAAGCAAUUAUCAAGAUACUUCAAUGCUGCUUAUUUUGCAUUUUCAAUGGGUGAAUUAAUUGCACUUACAAUACUUGUUUAUGUGCAAACACAUUCUGGAAUGGAUGUUGGAUUUGGUGUCUCAGCUGCUGCUAUGGCUUUGGGAUUAAUUAGCUUAGUUUGUGGCACUCUUUUUUACAGAAAUAAACCUCCUCAAGGAAGCAUUUUCACUCCUAUUGCACAGGUAUUGGUGGCAGCAUUGUUAAACAGAAAGAGUGUGUGUCCAUCAGAUGCACGAAUGCUUCAUGGGACCCAAACCAUCAAGGCUCCUUCUAAUGCCAAUACCAAUCCCACCAUUCUUCUCCACACCAAUAGAUUCAGGUUCUUGGACAAGGCUUGCAUUAAAAUGCAAGAUGGAAAUACCACAAAAGAGAUUAGUAAAUGGAGACUUUGCACAGUAACACAAGUAGAGCAAGUGAAGAUCCUAAUUUCAGUCCUUCCAAUAUUUGCUUGCACUAUAAUUUUCAAUACCAUUUUAGCACAACUUCAAACGUUUUCAGUCCAACAAGGAAGUGCCAUGGACACUAAACUAACUAAAAACUUCCAUAUCCCUCCAGCUUCCCUUCAAUCAAUCCCUUACAUAAUGCUGAUCUUCAUUGUCCCUCUCUAUGACACAUUCUUUGUCCCUUUCGCCAGAAAAUUCACCGGUCAUGAUUCAGGCAUCACCCCUCUGCAACGUAUAGGUGUAGGCCUAUUCUUCGCGACUUUCUCCAUGGUAUCAGCAGCCUUAAUGGAAAACAAAAGGAGAAUUUCUGCAGUAGAAUCGAAUGAAACCCUAUCGAUAUUUUGGAUCACACCACAAUUCUUGAUAUUUGGAAUAUCAGAAAUGUUCACUGCAGUUGGACUGAUUGAGUUCUUCUACAAACAAUCCUUAAAAGGGUCCAUGCAAUCAUUUUUAACAGCCAUUACAUAUUGUUCAUACUCAUUUGGUUUCUAUUUGAGCUCACUGCUUGUUUCUUUAGUGAACAAAAUCACUUCAAAUUCAUCAUCACAUCAUGGUGGCUGGCUUAGUGACAACAAUCUCAACAAAGACAGGCUUGAUCUUUUCUAUUGGUUGCUGGCAAUUCUGAGUUUUCUCAAUUUCCUCAAUUAUCUAUUUUGGGCUAAAUGGUAUUCAAAAAAUGGAUCUUCAUCAGCAACAGAAAAUCAAGAAUUCAAUUCCAAAGUUGUUGGAGAUGAUGGUAUAGUUUAGUGGAAUAUUACUCUCUACUUCUAGCUAGGGGAAUAAUUAAUUGUCUCUAAAUUCUAGCUCUUAAGGUGCCUAUGGCAAUUAUGGGAAUGCAUAUAAUUAACUCUACUACUUUGUGGACAUUGGAAUAUAUAUGUAAAAUUAAUGUCUAUAAAAGUUCCACUAAUUAUGGAGGUAUUGUAUUA